UAAAGAAAAUCCACAUUUGUUCAAUGCUUUAUCAAUUCAGUUUAUUUAUCUAACACAUUUAAUGAAAGUCAAGUCAAAAGUCAUUGUCUGAUCCUCACAGCGCUCCUAGACCUCAACAACUAUAAAUGCACAGUGGAUGUAUUUAACACACAUCUUCCAGCAAUGCGUUGAACAAGGAGAAAUGAUGCUAGGUAUGAGAUGUGUGUCCUGCAAACUCCAAAUUUCUAUGGGCUUUCCAUAAAAAUGACAGUCUGGAUGGGGAUGAAGCCAGGAGACUUGUGCAAUGACGUUUAAAAUCAUUACCUUUUGACACAACAUUUACAACAAUAAACCUCUUGAUAAUAGCCGGCCAUGGUUCUGCUACAGGGUCAGUGGUGGGUUCCUCAAAACUGUUAGUGUUUCCACACCACCCAGCAUUUACACAUGGUGAUCUUUCUGCUCUAGAUCCAUCUAUGGAAUAUGUUACAUUAAGAUAUGUUACCCUUUUGCAUGUCUUGGCAAAACAGUCAAUCGCAGUUAUACAAUUUUCAGGGUACAUUUGAUGAUACAUGGUCAACAUCGCAUUUCCGUCCUCCUCAUUCAAGAUUGUUUGCUGGAAUGGAGACAGAGGCUCCACUGUACAGUUUUCUAACAGCAGUCAUUCUGCCAACAUACAAACAUUGUGGUUCAGAUAAAGCAUAUCAGCUGUGUCAUCAUGUGGCAAAGUCCCAACCAUUUGACUUUCUAAGAUACUGGCAAAUUCAGCACCAUAUUCACAUGUCCAUACGAAGCUGCUGACUCUGCUGAAACUGCCUCAUUAUCUGGACCUCAAUUGUCCUAUUGUUGUUAUUAAACUUCCCAAGUAUUCCAUUAAAAUGCUGAAAUGAAAAGCACCAAAAUGAAUAAACUGGUCCGUAGUCUAACAUGCAUUCUUUCAAAUGAAGAUGUAAAUGCAUACUGGGGGUGCAGUGCAACAGGCCAAAAAGUUCAACAAAUUUUGAAAGAAAUGUCUGCAGGUAUCCAUCUGCUACUUCCAGCCUGUUUUGGUUCCACGCUUUGACUCGUGACCUCAUCUGUGAUUGGAGGAACAUACCACAUCACUGUGGCCUAGCACCUGAUUGGCCGAGGAAGAGCUUGUGUCUUUGGAAAAUGGAACUCUCCAAACCAAGGAGAAAAAGACAGCAGCGUCAUUGUGAACACUGUGACAAUGAACUGUCACACUCACAAUACUUUGACCAUAAAAAACGGUACUGCAAAAAUGGAGUUUGGGAAAAGAAGUCUAACAAUAGACAGUGUAUAAGAUGAUGCAUCAGACCUGCCAUCCAGUCAUGAUAAUACCGGAGAGAUGCAUACACAAUCAUUUGACGUCCUUGAACAGACUGGAUUAGAAGAAGUUCAGGAGUGCGACAGUUCACACAAUGCUGAUGAUGAUGAAAGCAUCGAUCUGUUCCUUGAUUCCAGUGAUUCAGAUGAAGAAGCAAAUACCUUUCUGGAUGAGUAUGAGGCUGUGACAUUUUCUUCGCUGCUUACAAUGGCUAGACGUGGCUUCAGUUUCAGCACCCCCGAGACUCCUCAGCCGGGACGUGGGCUGGGUGACCGAAACACCCCAGUGAGUCCCGCAAUGGAUAACAAGAUGCUACUUACAGCUAUCACUGGCUUAUCUCAUCAGUUGAGCAAGUUUGCUGCCGAUGUCCCCAGGGAGUUUAAGGCGAUCAACGGGAGACUACAGUCUAUCGAAGAUCAACUUACUCAAUGUGAGUCAAACGGCUGCUCGACGGAGGAACUGAAGAGGAAAAGGCGACUGCACAAUCCUAAAAUCGCGGAGGCAGUCCGUCGACUACACAACUCUAAGGCAAACUGUAGGCGCUAUGACCCGGAGCAAGGAUUAAGCUCGCCAUAUAAUGAGACGGUCACCUCAUUUUUACUGGGAGCACUGUCCAUAAGCCCGGAAUUGCACGAUGAAGGCCUGGAUAAAAAUGACUUUGUUGUUGCCUGCAAGACAUACUAUGAGACCGUCUGCAGAAAUUUCUGAUACAGCCAGCCAGAGCUAGCAAGUGUGGCUGCAGCUAAUAAGACCUCAGCCCGGAGUCGCCAGAGGAGGAAGAGGCUCUUGGAAGCGAGGCAAAGUGUACUGGCUGUGGACGAAGUGGACUUCUGGAGGGGAAUCACCGCUGACAUGAUGUCAGAUGAAGAAGACGGUGCUGUUGAUGGAGUCUCAGGGUGGAUUGUGAGACCUCCAUCAUUCCGCAGCCAGGAACUCAGCAAUCUGUGUGCUAAGCUGCAGGCGAGACUAGAAGCCAGUCCAAAGUAUGCAGCACUGCAUCACCGGCGUCUGCGAACUGGGCUGUGGUCUAACAGAAGGCCACCACAUACCUACGACCCCGAGGCAGCAAAAAGACAUUUGACGCCAAAUGUGAUGCCAUGAAAAUAAUCUCUGGCUCCUUUUUGUGUGUUCAUUUUUCC